AUGAAGUGGCUAAUCCUUGCCCUGGUGUGCCUUCACCUUUGUGAGGGUGCCGUUAUCAAAGUUCCUCUGAAAAAAUGCAAGUCCAUGCGAGAGGUGAUGAAAGAAAAAGGUGUCCUUGAACAUUUCCUACAGAAGAAUCAUUUUGAUCCAGCAAGCAAGUACUUCAACAACUUUGCCUCUGCCUAUGAGCCUCUGGCUAACUACAUGGAUAUGUCCUACUAUGGAGAGAUCAGCAUUGGAACCCCACCACAGAACUUCUUGGUUCUCUUUGAUACUGGAUCAUCCAACCUCUGGGUGCCUUCAGUCUACUGUCAGAGUCAAGCCUGCACAAACCAUCCAUUAUUCAACCCCAGCCAAUCUUCUACUUACUCCAGCAAUGACCAAACCUUCUCUCUGCAAUAUGGAACUGGUAGUCUCACUGGGAUCUUUGGCUAUGACACCGUAACUAUCCAAGGCAUUUCCAUUACCAAUCAGGAAUUUGGCUUGAGUGAGACUGAACCUGGUACUAACUUUGUCUAUGCCCAAUUUGAUGGCAUAUUGGGUAUGGCCUACCCUGCCAUCUCUUCUGGUGGUGCCACCACUGUACUGCAAGGACUGCUGCAGGAAAACCUUCUUGAUGCUCCUGUUUUUGGCUUCUAUCUGAGUGGGAAUGAGGGUUCUCAGGGUGGUGAACUUGCCUUGGGAGGUGUUGAUACCAGCCUGUACUCUGGUCAAAUUGUUUGGACUCCAGUCACCGAACAAGCUUACUGGCAAAUUGGGAUUGAAAGCUUCUACAUUGGCAACCAGAUCAGUGACUGGUGCAGCCAGGGAUGCCAGGCAAUUGUGGACACUGGCACAUCCCUCCUCACUGCUCCACAGCAGGUCUUUGGUGAACUGAUGCAAUAUGUUGGAGCUGAGCAGGACAGCAAUGGUCAGUAUGUGGUCAGUUGCAGCAACAUUCAGAGCAUGCCCACCAUCACAUUUGUCAUUGGUGGAAGCAGCUUCCCUCUGAGUCCCUCUGCCUAUGUCUUGGAGAACAACAAUGGCUAUUGCACCGUUGGCAUCAUGCCCACAUACCUGCCAUCCCAGAAUGGUCAACCCUUGUGGAUCCUUGGAGAUGUGUUCCUCAGGUCCUAUUACUCUGUAUAUGAUCUUGGCAACAACCAGGUUGGCUUUGCACCAGUAGCAUAAACUCAUUCUUCAGUCUUCUGAUUCUCAGUCUGCUGCACACUAAGUCCGCCGCUCACUUGCCUCCCUUUCUAAGGACUUGGAUGUUUUUCCUUUCUCCUAUGAAGAUCUAUAACUUGAUUGUUGGCUUUCCUCCCAAAG